AUGGCCUCCCGCUUACCCUCAACCACGCUAACAUUAAAGCAGUUCAUAAGAAGGCAACAAGUUCUUCUCUACAGAAGGAUUUUGCAAACAAUUGGGCAAAUUCCAAAUGAUUCUGAUCACAAAAAACAGAAGGAUUGGGCAAGGGAAGAAUUCAGAAGAAACCAAAGUGCCACCGAAGAGGGCACAACCCGGGUGGUGAUUACUCAAGGCAAUAUGCAGCUCAAGGAGUUUGAAAAAACACUUGCUUUAGCAAAAUCUAUAGCAUUAUUCUGA